UUAAAAGAAAAAUAGUCGAUUAUCCAUGAAAAAAGUGAUUUUCCGGACCCGGAUCCGGAUCCGAAUACCAAUUAUUUGUUUUAAUAAUUUUCCCCCUUUAUUCCACAUCUCAGACUUUCUCCGAUCACCAGCCACAAGUUACCACCGUCCACCGCCGCCACUCGUCUCACUUCGCUGAUUUCGCAGCUGCCUUAAAGCACCUUCGCGGCGUCGCCACUCGCCGCCACAGUCUCAAAAUCUCCUAUCGUGAAACCCUAGCCGCCCAAUUUUCAGUGCAGUGCAGACGAAUACAUUCACUUUUAUUGGGAGUCAAUAACUAUAGUUUGAGAUGGUUUUGUGCUUCGACGGUACCCCUAAAAAUUUGGCGCAAUUGGGGGCGCUAUUUAUUGCCGGUGGCUCAUUGUUUCUAUUUGGCUUGCAUCUUUCACAUGUGAACGCUGCUCCUCAACAAGCUCGGAUCCAAGCUCGGAAUGACUUUGUCAGAGAACGAUUAAGAAAGAAAUAUGGGAAAUAAUAAUACUAAUAAUGUUGUGUUCCGGUGAUUCAACACGGAUACUAACAAUUUGUUCUUAUUUUAGUUCGAUAAUGGGAGGGCUUCGUGCAAAGAAUAUAUGCAGCUUCAACACAACAUUCAUCGUUGGUUCAAGAUCGAACUUUGGAGUUAAUAGCUCAAACUGUUCGGUAAUUUGUCUUGUUUAUUAUUUCAGCGAAUGUACAUAUCCGUUGAUGAUUCUAAAUUUUUGAUUUGUAAAUAAAAAAAAUCAUUUCAAUUUUCAAAAUUUCGACUGAUUUAUACUAUCACUUCGCACUUCUAAUUACAUAUCCUCGCAAAUUUUACUAGUAAGCAUCAAGUGAUAAGACACUAGGGAUAGCUACCCCGGCGUACAACAGUAAUUAAGCCAAAAGUCGAGCAAUUAGCCAAUGAAGAAAAAUUAACAUGUCUCGAGAAAUCAGUAGUAUGACAAUCGAAAAGUUCAAUAUAACUUACGAAAGCUCAUUUUGUUCCUUACAUUGCAGAGAAAAGGAAUACAAAGAUCAAGAGCCGUCUACGAAUUAAAA